AUGUUCGUUGAUAUCGGAAACGGACGGCUCAGAUGCGUCGCGACAGGUCACAAGGUUGUAGCCUACGAAGAAUCAUACGCUCGUAAAAAACGGUAUCGUUUGGGACUCAUCGAUCACAUGCCAUUUUCUCGAGCAAGUGGAAAAAGAACUGGAUCAAGCGGAAAGACCAAGAAAACAAGAGGCGGUAAGGAAGAUACUGAUUCCGAUGAAGCAGAUUUUUGGAUGCUUAAGUCAAGUUCUGGUUCAGAGUCAGAGCACGAGGGUGAUGAAGAAAAUUGCAAAGGUUCUCAUUGUGAUGCCAAAGUAUCCGAGGAGCUCUCAGAGAGAACAAAGAGAAUGUCAAUAGAGAUCGGACCAAGUAGCUUUGCUUCAAGGAAGAAAAAGAUUAGGAACGAUGAGUCUUGUUAG